AUGGUGCCUCCACUGGUCGCUCUGGAAGAGCAUUUCUUCUCCCAAGCCAUCCUCCAGGGCUCGGCGGAUUCCUACUCGGAACAGCUCAAGCACAUCCCCGGCCUGAUCGACAAGCUCGCCGACGUGGGCGACCUGCGUCUGCAAUCCAUGGACGCCGGCCAGGUGUCGCUGCAGAUUGUCUCCCACGCCCCGGCCACCAUGUCGCCGUCCCAGUGCCGCUCCGCCAACGACCAGCUCGCCGCGGCGGUCAAUGACCACCCGGACCGCUUUGCCGGUUUCGCCGUCCUCCCCGUCGCGGAUCCGGCCGAGUGUGCCGCCGAGCUGACCCGCUGCGUCAAGGAGCUCGACUUUGUCGGCGCCCUGAUCGAAAACCACACCGCCGACGGCACCUACUUCGACGGGGCGGCCUACGUGUCCAUGUUCCAGGCCGCCCAAGACCUCGACGUGCCCAUCUACCUGCACCCGACGUGGCCGACCCAGGACAUGCUGUCGCUGCUGUACACGGGCGAGAACAUCCCCAAGGCGGCAUCCAUCUCGCUCUCGUCGUCGGCCUUCGGCUGGCACUCGGACGUGGCCGUGCACGUGCUGCGGCUGUUCGCCGCGGGCCUGUUCGACCGACUCCCCAAGCUCAAGAUCAUCGUAGGCCACAUGGGCGAGAUGCUGCCCUUCAUGCUGGAGCGCAUCAUGCAGCUCUCGCCGCGCUGGGGUCCGCGCGCCCGCGCCUUCAAGACCGUGUGGGACGAGAACAUCUGGAUCACCACCAGCGGCGACUGGAGCGUCAACCCCAUGGCCUGCAUCCUGCGCAAUACCCGGAUCGACCACGUGCUAUACAGCGUCGACUACCCCUUCGCCCGCAACGAGGACGGCCUCACCUUCAUGCGGGACCUGGAGAAGAGCGGUCUCGUCUCGCCCGAGCAGUUGGAGAUGAUCGCCUAUGGGAACGCUGAGGCGCUGCUGCGUGUGAAGCAUAAGAAGCGCUGGGAUUGA